AUGCUCAGAAUGCAGGAGAAGAAGAGGCUGGUAUCUUCCGAUCCCUAUAAAGUGUUGGGAGUCAACAGGAAUGCCGAUGCGUCAGAGAUCAGGAACGCCUACGAUACAUUGGUCAACCUUUAUCAUCCAGAUGUUGCAGGAGACGACUUGGCUGCAGCCCAGAAAUUUUCUGAGAUCUCGAACGCAUACGAAGUCAUCGGUGAUGAGAAGCUGAGGAGAUCGUACGACAAGGCGUGGCUGGAGGCGAGGACAGCAAGGUCCACGGAUGCAACCAGAUACUCGGAGAGAGAGAACCGGGCACAGACUUUGACUAUCCUGAUCGCGGGCUUCAUCGCAGGGGCUCCUGUAAGAUCGUCUUGCGGGAUCUGCUACAACUGA